AUGAGCAAGGUGAUCCUGAUAGGCUCGGCGGCCACGCUGGCCUUUAUCGUCUGCUCCUUGGUCACCAUGGUCUCGCUCCUGAAGGAGAUUUCCGAUCUUCAACUCGAAGUUGAAGUUGGCAUGGAUGAGUUCAAGGGCAUCACCGAAGACACCUGGAGCCGUAUCAUCACCAAACACGUGAACCCGACCGGAAGCUCAGAUGCACCGCCAGACUUUGGCACCCUGUUCGGUCGUCGUCAGCGUGCAGCUGGUUUCCCGGAUCAGUGCAACUGUGGAGCGAAAUCGAAUGGUUGCCCAGCAGGACCUCCCGGACCACCUGGACCAAAGGGGCACCCUGGAGAGCCGGGAGCUGAUGGUGAAGACGGUAGACCCGGUGCUCCUGGCAUUGCUAUUGCUGUUACUCACGACAUUCCUGGAGGAUGCAUUACGUGCCCCGCAGGCCCACCGGGACCACGUGGACCUCCUGGAGAACAGGGACCUCCUGGACCACCUGGAGCAUUUGGUCACCGCGGACCUCCCGGUGCACCUGGUCCAGUUGGAGAAAUGGGUCCUCAAGGAGAUGAAGGACAACCUGGUGCACCUGGCCGUCCCGGACCACCUGGUCCUCCUGGAGAAGUGGGAACGCAAUAUUCUCAGGGAAUGCCCGGACAUCCCGGUCCACCAGGACCACGUGGUCCUCCUGGAGAACAAGGCCAGCCUGGAGCACCUGGAACCGAUGGAAAACCUGGUCCACCAGGUCGCCCAGGUCAUCCUGGAAAGGACGGACACCCGGGCAGAAAUGGCACUCCUGGACAGAGAGGAGAGAACGGAAAAACUGGACCAGAUGCCGAGUACUGUCCGUGCCCACCACGCCGAAAGCGCCGUCUCACUUGA